CUACACUUCCUCUCCCUCCCACUUCUCUGAUGCCAGAGCAAGAUAAAGCCCCUGUUCCUCUCAUCUUUUUUUCCUAGCUAUCACUCCCAAACUUCCUCUCUCUUACUAGACUUCCUCUCCCUCCCUCUUCUUUGAUGGCAGAGCAAGAUAAAGUCCCUCUUCUUCUCAUCUUUUUUUCCUAGACUUCAAAUCCAAACUUCCAUCUUCAAUACAGUUGCCCACCCCCUUCACCUUCUUCCUCUCAUCUGCUCAUUACGAAAUUAUCUGUGUUCCUGGUUUUGACACCGACCACGCCCUGAAGAAAUUGCUCCAUAUUAGCAGGCGAUCAUCAUCCACAAGAGCGGCACUGUCCAAUGGUGGGCAAAAUGGUGGGUUUUACUUUUACCACACUAGGGAUCUUAAUCCUCUUCACCGUAGCUCCGAUGGUGAUUACCGGCGGGAACAUUUUGGCCGGAGCGGCUGCCACCGGCGAACAGAAGGAGAGGGACAGGCUGGGGCCCUUGCCGGGUCAGCCAACCGGCCAUACCGUGGAGCAUUUCGCGGGCUAUGUUUCUCUUGGUCGCGGGCUGCCAUCAGAGAGGCAUAUUUUUUACUACUACGUCGAGGCACCGGCCGCAGCAGCUCAGGCUCCGUUGCUUCUCUGGUUUAGUGUUGCGGGGGUGUUUUGCUCUUCCCUCGGUCAAGGAGGGAUGCUUGAGGUGGGACCACUACGAGUUCAGCGAGAUAUGACGCUUCAAUGGAAUCAGUUUUCAUGGCACAAACAGGCGAACUUGUUGUUUGUGGACUUGCCGGCGGGAGUGGGAUUCUCAUACUACUCCGAUAAAGAGUAUACCGGCGGCACCAAUACAACUAAGGUCGUGGCCGAUGAAGACAUCGUUGAAGAUGCAUUAAGCUUCCUGUCCCGGUGGUUGAGGCGGUUUCCGGAAAACCGAGCUAGGGAUUUGUACGUGGCUGGCGAGAGAUAUGGGGCUCGCUACGCUGUUCAUCUCGCUCUUUAUUCUCCCAACAUCCGCAUCAAAGGACUACUGCUGGGGAAUCCACUAAUGGACAUGGAAUCGGCGUACAUGGGAUUUGUUGACUACCUCACCGCCUUAGGAAUGAUGAGCGAGGCCGGCCGCCACAACAUCCUCGUCUCCUGCGACCCGCACUACAAAGGUUCUUCUCCUGCCAACUGCGGGAUGGCCUUAAAAACGGAGGCUCGACGCCUGGGUCGACUAGACGUUACAGCCCUUCACGAGCCACUUUGUACAUCUACCAACCAUCCCACCUCCGGAAAGUAUGUGGCGCAAUACAUGAAAAUCCCCGCUGUCCAGGAGGCUCUCCAUGCCAACCUCACCGGCCGGGUUCCUGGCCCGUGGCUUCUCUGCAAUGACCGAAUUAGGACGCCUGUGGAGGAAACUUGGUCGAUGAUUGCGGCGAUGAAGGAGGUGGUGGGCAGGGGAGGGAUGAAGGUAAUGGUUUUUAACGGCGAUGCGGGCGCCGAGCAGCCCGUGACUUCCACCAACUAUGCAGUGCGCAAGGUGUUCAAUGGGACGGCUCCGGCGUCUUUCGGGCCCUGGUACGACUCCUCCGGUGAAGUUGGGGGCUUCCUUUCCGUUUACGGUGCCGGAGAGAACGUGUUGUUGACCUUUGCUACUGUCCACGGGGCCGGUGGCUAUGUCGCCAGCAAUCAGCCACUGAGAGCCAAGGACCUCUUUGCGACCUUCCUCAAGUCCCCAUCGCCAGCGCCUCGACAGGACCAGGACCAAGGGAUAAAUUAAUUAGCCUACCGUAAUUACUAUUCGCUUAUGGACGAGCUUAGCAUCUAAUGCUGAUUACUGUUCUUAUUGAUUAGUUGUGUAACUGAUUGAGUAAUUCAAUGUUGUGUAUUAGCUGUGGAACUUAAAACUUGUUUGUUGCUUACCAACGUUGAGUAGUAGUUCAGUGUUAUGUUUGUUAGAACAUAAAUGACACUCCAUCGCGGCUUUUGCUUC